AGCGGUAAUCUCUUUCCCGUUCCCGGCUUUUUAAGCUGUUAAACCAGCUUAGGAAAGAUGAGAACUCGCAGCAGAGGGGGUUCGAUUCCCUUUAUACGCGAUGUGGUGAAUCAGACUGAUUCAACGACGACGAGAUAUGCGAUUUAAAACUUGUCGUCUACUUUCAGGAAAUGUUCGGAACAGAGAACUUACAAUAAUACAACGCCGCAUUCUCCGAAGAUUGAGGAAGAAGAAGAGAUCUAUUAAGAGAAAGAUUUAUCCGAGAGAAAAUCUUAACAGUUACAUCCAAUCACAAACUACACGAAAGUUGCCCCUUUUUCAUGGGGAUUUACCCAUCACAGAGAUGCACAGAGGAACAGAACGAACUUCAUAUAUCCCUUUUCUACUCAAUCCAGAAACAAGAUCGGACGUUAUUCCGGUUCGUCUCCAUUUUCGUGAAACUAUUCCUCAAGCAAGGCAGCCGAUAAGUCAUCGAAGGGUUUGUGUGAAUAAUCGAAUGGUAAGCAUUACUCGUUUGAAAGUUUCCCACGGUGAUCUAAUCUCUUUUCAAGAAAAUGACGCGAGAAUCCGCGGUGAAGAAAUAAGGAGAUCUUUCUAUAUCGAAAUAUCAGUUGAAAAAAUAAUAGGCAAAUUCCUGGAUCACCCGGUAAGAAUGUGGAGAAGAACCAAAACAGAAUGGUUCCACCUACUAAAAACUAAGCGGGGAUGCCGCCUACUACUAAAAUCCCGGUUUUUGCAACAACAGUUGCGUUAUUCUAUGCAAGAAGAAGACUUUGAAAGAACAAAGAAGUUUGGAUCCGAAAAAGUAUGCUUAGGCAGUUCCUUCGCUGAGCACAACAGAAUGAAGAGGAAUUUGUAUCAUUUCAAAUCCCUAUUCUUAUCGAAGAGAAGAAACGAGAAAAACCGAUAUCUUCCUACUCGAACAAGAAGUCCUAUAGUUUACAACUCUUCUUUAUAUAGUAAUUCGACCUAUUGCUCCUCAUCCCCCCAUCAGUUUACUAUGAAGAGAAGAAUCAAAAGGAUCGAACUACCUACCCAUUAUUCGGAGGUGAAUCAUAGAACACCAAAAGCGGUGGUAUUUUAUGGACCUAACAUAGGUCACAUCCCUCACGACAUAAGAUUGAAAGAUCCAAACCUUCCUCUUCGGAGCGGAAACGGACGUGGCCAAAACAUAUAAAGAUCGGCGUAGUCGCUCAUAGGGACAUAUCUAUCCGGAUAGAGGAUAGUCUAGAUCGAUUCAUAGAUAGAUUUCUAUCCAUAUAGAUAGGUAUCUCCGUGGAUAGAGAUAAAGAUAGGGAUCCAUCUAGAUCUUGCUUGAUUCACUAUUUCCAUUUUUUUCUUGAUUCUGAUUGAUUGCCUUUUUGACGACAAGUUUUAAAUCUUAAUGCAGGCAAGGUACGUAGUUCUCGACCGUAAGGGAGAAGGAAAGAUUUUAAAUUCUGACUUGCUGGGUCAGAGCGUAGACGAGCGAGCAGAGCCCAGGAUACAGGGAAGCCCGUCAUAGAGCAGUCGACUAGAAGUAGAAGACUGCUGGCCUGAGAGAAGGCGGCCUCCCUCGGGAAACAUGGCCCAAUUUCUCUUCUUUCUUUUUUGAUUACCUUCUUUGAAGAAAAGUUAAGGAUUAUGCACGUGGAAUACUCCAUUCCAUUUCUUCUUUCUUUUCUUUAAGGGAGCAGUUCCAGAAGUUGCACUUUCUUUCGAUGUUGGUCCAGGCCCCCUAUCAAUUGGCAUUGAAGUAGGCAAGGCCAAUCCAUCUGUUAAGUCAGCUGGUUCUAGGUCAAAAGCUAGUGUAAAAGAUGUCUUUAUCGUCCUAAGCCCUAAAAGUGCUUCCGCCUUACCUGGAGUUGAAGUUACCGUUGGAGGCCUUUGAGUUCCAGUCUCAGUAGUGGCCUUCCCUAUAUGUACAGGGGAGUAGUUAGUUGCGAGUGUCAGAAAAAAGUGCUUUAAAAUAGGAGAAAGAUUAAUUUGAUCAUCCCAAGGGAAAAUGAAUGGGAAGGGGGCGUCGUCAGCUACCCUUCAGGCUAAUUAUAAGAAUAGGAUGACUUACCUUUACUGGUUGGCUUUUAGGAAGCCUGCUCCGAGUAAACUCGCGAUUCUUUUAGGCGGACAAUUCUCUAUAUCGACUAUCUCGAGGAUAGAAUUCCUCCAGACUACCACAGCCUCCGCCGCUGCAGCAGUAUCCUCAUCAGAUACAUAUUAAGAUACUACUCUUUGCGACAUAUGUUUAACUAGCCUUCGGGUGGAAAAAGAUUAGCAGUUAAAGGAGCCGCAUCCAAAGCAAUGAAAUUGUGUUGCGGAAAUGAGUAUACUCUUGUGGUAAAUUUACUGGUAUUCAAUCAAUUAGGUAACUCUUAGCAAGUGCUACGAGUGCUUCGUACUAUAUAGAAGUAUAGGAAUUUUGCCUCUUCUUUAUAUCAUAUCACAAUUUUUUUUUACGAUUCUGCUAAUCCUUAUGCUCUAACUAG